UUCCCGACAUGCACCGCGCACGUUACCAUAGCGUCUCGGUGGUUUACCAACAUGGCGCACAGCCCGUCUCGUGUCUUUGCUACACUUUUACCGACUGCUGACGAUGUCUACAAAGACGAGAACCAAUCGGUAUUUCAUCGCACCGGCAAGCAAAACUCCCCGCACCUUCAAAGUAACGCAAGAGUAGUGGAGGUCACGGGCUGUGCAGAGUUAUCCUGUAUACCGGACCGGGCUACCGUUACCAUCACAGUCAGGAACAGUAAAGAAAAUGUUAACGACGUGACUAAUAGCGUUACCCGAAGACUGGAUUACAUACUGCAGACUCUUAGACAAAAUGAUGUUAAGAAAGAAAACAUAACUGUAGCCAAGCAUUUGCAAAGAGAGGAAGACAUCUUCAACAUGCAGGCUGAGGUGCAUGUGGUGUUUUCAAACUUUGAGACGAUGCAGCGGGUACGCUCAGUUUUAAUUGAGAAACUUGACAAAAGUGUGUGUGUUGGUAACCCCCACUACACACACAGUGCUGAAAGCCUCAAUCUGUUAAGGCGGCGAGUGUGUUUGGAAGCUGUGGAUAAUGCUCGGCUUAAAGCCAGCGAGGCGUGUUGCAUUCUGGGACAAGCUUUGGGACGCCCACUGCUUUUACGCGAGGAGGAAUCACGAGAAUGGACAAAUGGCCAAGAUGAUAUUAGUGGGACUUCUCAAACAUUACAUCAGAAAGCUGGAGCCACAGUGGUCUCUGCCUCUUCACGUGUGUUUGUGACCUUUGAAUUACGACCAAAAUACAAAAACAGGAGGAAACUGUGAAGUUUUAUUUUUAUUUUUUUUGUGAGGUGCUUUGUGAAUGUCUAAAUAAACUAGAUUAUUCUGUU